UCCACUACUUCCUUUUUAUUACAAAUCUUAGAUCUCCCACAACCCCCCUUCUUUUUUUUCUCUCAUAAAUCAAAACAAAAAUUUUUUUUCUAUUGAAUAAUAAAAAGGGUUUUGAAAACCUAAAAGAAGGUCAAGAAUUGACAACUUGUACCUUGUCCUUCCAAUAAGGAUUGUUGGAGAAAAUUGAUGGGUUGGGUCCCAAAAUCUUGAAAAAACCCGAAAAAGUAUGGAACAAUGAGCAUUGCUUUAAUCCUCUGUUUGGGUUGAAAGAUUUUUUUGCACAUUGUAAAAGAGUAAUUGUAACUUGAAAUUGUUGAUAGAAAAAUUGGGCUACAUUGAGUAUUAUGAUACAUUAUUAAGAGAGAUUUGUUGGGUUUCGAUGAUGAAAAAUGCAAGAAGUGUAUGAUUCAACGUAUAUAAUGAGUGGUGGCAAUUCUCUUUGAUUGAUCAGAACUAGUGAACUGUGCUUGGAGUGAAGGGAGAAAGUGUGAUUGUCUUUUGGGUGGGGGCAUAUGGAGCUUGAGCUAGAUUUAAGGAAGAUUUUAAUGAAAAUUUCUGAUGAAAAGAACGAAAAUGAGGAAUAUGUGAAUGUUGAUUUGAAGAAAAGUGAGUUUGAUGCUGCAGCUGAUGAACGGUUGUUUAAUGGUAUCGAGGAUGAUCAUUUUGUUUUCAGUAAUAGACAGCCUGUGAAGUUUGAUGGAAAGAUAAGCGUGGACCUCAAUGAAUGUAGUACUGUUAAGGAUGUUGAUGACACGAGCAAUGUUGGUCACGAGUUUGUCAGUGGGGCACAAAGUGAUGACUGUGGCAUAGUGGAUAUUGGGCUAAUGAAGUCGAGUGUUGUUAGGGAAGAUGAGAACAAUAGGAAGAGGAAACGAGAGUCUUACACGGACUUGCUUAGGUGGGUUACUAAAGUUGCGAGAGAUCCUUGUGAUCCUGCCAUUAAGUCUUUGCCAGAUAGGUCUAAGUGGAAGUUUUAUGGGAAUGAUGUUUGUUGGAAGCAGGUUCUGCUGCUGCGAGAUGAAAUGCUUUUGAAAAAGAGCGCAGAUACAAGUGCUCAAUGCUCGAUAUGGCAGAUAAAACAGAAGAUGCAUCCAUCUAUGUAUGACGAUAAUGCUUCUCUUGAGAGAGUGAGAUGCAGCAAGCGAGUCCUACUCGCUAAAAAUCCAGUGAAGAAGACACAUUUUUCAUCCCUAUCGUCCUCAAGCUCUCCAAGUGAUGAGGAUCCGAUUGAUGGACCUGCUGAUUCAUCGGAAGAGUCAGGUCUUAGCCUUUUGUGGAACCAGCGUCGAAAGCGAAUACCAGUUGGGCCACAGUUUCAAGCAGAUAUUCCUAAAUGGAGACAUGACAAAUGUGAAAGUGACUCGAAAUGGUUGGGUACUCAAAUAUGGCCUCUAGACAAACAAGAACAGAAAAGAAUGUUAAUUGAAAGAGAUCCUAUUGGAAAAGGAAGGCAAGAUACAUGUGGCUGCCAAUACCCUGCUUCUUAUGAAUGCAUCAGGUUUCAUCUCGCUGAGAAACGAAGGAAGGUUACACUUGAGUUGGGAUCAGCCUUUUAUCGGUGGAAAUUUGAUUUGAUGGGCGAAGACGUUGCACUUUCUUGGACAAAACAAGAAGAACAGAAAUUCCAGGAUAUAGUAAAAAUGAACCCUUUGUCGACAGACAAGAGUUUUUGGAAUGAGAUAUUCAAAUUCUUUCCUAACAAAAGCCGGGAAACUUUGGUCAGCUACCACUUCAAUGUCUUCCUUUUACGGUGUAGAGGUCAUCAGAACCGGACUGCUGCAAGUACUAUCGACAGUGAUGAUGAUGAACCACAGUACGGACCUAGAACUAAUUGUUUCGGUAGGGAUCCUCAAUUCUCCAUCUUUUGUUCCCCGAGGAAAGCACAUCUGGAUCCCAGAUAGUAGUUGAAUGUUUAUAUUCCACGACGUUGUUCAGAAAUGUACAUUGCAGGUUUUUUAUAGUGCUUUUGCUCAUCGACAUUUAUAUUAGCAAAUAUUUUGAAGGGAAGAUACAUGAUAUCAUC